AUGGAAAAGGAAUUCCAUAUAGUAACAGCCCGUGCAAUAUUUGCAUACCUUUACGACCAUGAUAUGUACAGACUGGCGGAGGAGUUCUGUUUAGCAAAUCCGUAUUUGGAGACGGAUCGUCAUUUGAUGAAGGAGGGCAAAAUGCCGGUAAACUAUUUGCAGAAACCGCUGCAGAUCGUGAUGCAGGAGUUCAUCGUGAUGGAAUCGAUACUAUUGCAGCUGGUGAAUCUUUGCAGCAGUGCAGUAAGUUUUCCGGACACCAGCUCCAUCUUGGAACUGGGGGAACAUUUGAUCAAGGUGCUUAAAUCAACGGGUACGGGACAGGUACUGAAGGCGGUCAUUUCCACGGUUCCUGCCUGUGCCGAUUGGAGUGAGACACAGCCAUCGACUGCACACCCUGCACCGCUUUCGAUUCCACCGUCUGUUGUGGAAACCACGAGCACUAAGUCAAGUGCUUCCGCUAUACCGUUCUCUGCCGAUAACCUGUUUGGCCAUGACAUCAUCAUUACGGCGUCGGAUAUGAGCCUUAUUGACACAAUAACACAUUGUGUAGAAUCGGAUAACAUACCCGUUAUAACGGAGAACACGGUGUUCAAUGAACAACCGAUCGAAACUGUUAAAACUAGUGGCGUUAUCACUGUAGCACAUGCGGGUGACAUGCUAUCAAACCUAUCUUCCACAUCAACCUCCGCUGCAACGAACGUCGGGAUGACCUCUCCACAUCAAAUCAACCAACCAAACAAUUCGGCUCAACAUGUUACGUUGCAGGUGGCGCGUGAAAACGUACCCAUGGCACCAAAUCCGCCUCUAUCGAUUGUCACCAACCAGCCGGUAUCGAAUGUAUCGAAACCGCUCACCGAAAAGAUAUUGGCAACGACCGGUGCGACACGGUCAAAUGCAACACCGCUGGACCACCCGAUCGUACCCGGUACGGUCAGUUCCCGUUCGACCUCCAGCCGCAAGCAAUCGCACAUCCGCAUCCUGGACUUUGGCACACCGCCAUUCAAGCGUGGCAGCUCUUCGACCUAUGGUCCGUCGCCUGUGAUACCGUCACCAUCCCUGCACGUGACCCAACAAACCGUCUCCGUGCCGAAGCUUACACCACCAACUAGUGUAGCUGUCAGGAACCUGGCAACGGUGCCGACCGACAGCGAGGAACCGAAACCAAAGAAAGUAAUCGUGAAGCGACGACUAAAGCUGGGCGGAAUGCGAAAACCAACCAAACGAAUCGUUGACCCCAGGCUUGCCGUCAGGGAGAAGAGAAAGAGGGUAGUACUAAAGAAUAAAACAGUUUUACCGGAAAGUAUACAUCAGGAACUCGACACCAGCAAUACUACCUCAUCAUCAAACAGUUCCAAAAGUGAUCGAAAUAAUGUACAAGCGAAAGAGAACGCAUAUACCUCGAAACACGCACCCACCAUCAACUUGUCACCAGGGAAAGCGUUACGGCCACUCUCAGCGUCACCACCUAGGACCGUCAUACCCGGUUCGCCCGCCUGUCCGGUCGAUCCGCUUGCCAUGUGUCCGAUGACGCCACGCUUCCUUACCCGUCCACUGCAGCCUCUGUAUAUGCUGUCGCCUCUGCUCGGUACUCUCGACCCGAGUGCAAUCAGCCAGAUCAAAUCAAUCAGCCACACGAAACAAUUCACUGACAUCAAUACACCCGGCUAUCCAAUAACACCCGGCAAUACCAUUACUCCGUCGCCUCCGACGGAUAGUGUACCGUACUAUGAAAGUGAAUCGGGUGCGGUUAAUAUCGCACGGAAGUCAGACGACUCGGACAGUGAGUCUUCCGUUGCGUCUAAACCACAGUUAACGCUUACGGUCAGUGAGGGCAGUGAAGAGAUAGCGAUAAAGUACGUAGAACGCGAACGAAUGCCUCCAGCGGUGAAGAGCAAUCAUAAGUUAGACGAACAGCUCUCGGCACGUAUCGAAAUUGACAAUGGGAACCGUGUGUUUCAGAUCGCGGUUACACCGACCAUUACGUUGUACGAAGAUUUUCCGUAG